CAUUAUGUCUUUUUACCGCGUGCUGGCUGAUCAUGAUAGUGAUUUGAGAGAAAAUAAACAAACGUCCGUAACAUAUAUGAGCUGAGUUUGGCUGCUAAAUGAUAUAUUAUUGAGUCUUGAAAUAAAACUGAUCAAACAAAGCAAAUUGUUUGAGAAAAAUGCACAGUCAACGAUGGAUGUUCAUGUCACCCGGCGGAGAAAACGAAUACAAAAAGCCUUCGGUCACCCGGGAAAAUUACGACGCGGUUGUGGCAGCGAAGAAAGAGCGGGAUGAAAACCUUGUCGAGACCGAAAGCGAGCGCAAGAGACGCGUGUUGGAGGAGUUUAUGUGGCAACAAAUGACCAAGAAGGCGUUGGACCAGAUCGAAAAACAACAGCAGCUCGCCAACGAGACCAAAGCUUGUAGUACGUACGCAGAGUCCUUCGUUCUUCCAGGAUUUGAAGUUAAAGAACUGGGCUCCGAAAUCGACGAAGAACUUCAACAAAAAUAUCCGUUGUACACUGAUGUAGUCAAGUCGAUAUACGUGAGAGAUGCUGAUAAGGUUAAAGCGAAAACUCCUGUACGCAAAUCUCACCAAAAAAUUUUCAGAAGAGACAGUCGUUUUACCAGUCGUCUGAGCAAUCCAAUGGAUAUAAAUACUCCAGUUGGACCUGGCCAUUUCGCAUACAUAUAA